AUCAAUCUUAAACUAAAACCAAAAUAAAUUUAAAGUUGGUUACCAAACCGGAAGAACAAAAGUUUACAAAUGAAACGAUUUUAUUGGACUUAAAUUGGGCCAUAUUAACUUUAAAUUCCGACAUUUAACAAUAAUUUAGGUCCAAUCGCUUUGAUAUUUAGGGUUUUGGGUAUCUUAUCUCUAUAAAUAUGUUAUAUAGGUUUCUCAGAAACACGCCGCACAACACCUAAAAUGAAGGUUCUAGCUAAUACGAGAGAAUCUCUCUGAUACUAGUUUUGUGUUAGAGUUGUGAAGGUGCAUCCUGAAUUGUUCUUCGUUCGAUUAAUCGGCUGCAAAAUCAGAAAUCGAUCAUAUUCCGCUACGAAAUCAAAAAAUUGAUCAGCAGAUGGCUAGGAAGUCCAUACGGGGGAAGGAAGUGGUAGUGGUUUCUGAUAAUGAUGAUGAUGAUGAUGUUGAUGUUGAUGAAAAUAUCAUCAAAUAUAUCAAACCUGUUUCAGUCUACAAGGGUCUUGAAGCUCGCUCAAAAUACAACCCAUAUUUCCUUCGAAGGUCUUUGAAAUACAUAAUCAAUGCAAAGAAAAAAAAGAGGUCAAAUUCAAGUGGGAAAAUAAGAUUCAACUAUAGGGAUGUGAGUAACAAAAAAACACUAAAAGCUGAAGUAGUGGAAAAAUUUUCUUGCCCAUUUUGCUUGAUUCCAUGUGGAGGCCACAAGGGCCUGCAACAUCAUUUGAAGACAUCACAUGACGCCUUUAAAUUUGAUUUUUAUCGGGCAGAGGAAGAUCAUGGCCCGGAAGUUGAUGUCUCCGUGAAAAGUGAUACUUUAAAAUAUGGGGUUCUAAAAAAUGAUGUAGGAAAUCCCCAAUUGAGCCCUUUGACGUUUUGCUCGAAACAUCGCAACCAAAGAAGCCAAAGAGAUGAUAGCAAUAACGUUAAGCAACUUAAUGUACUCCUUAUGGAGUUGGAUUUAGACGACCUACCUCGUGGCACAGAAAAUGAUUCUACUCAUGUGAAUGAUGAUAACGUCUCAUCGCCACCAAGAGCUCACUCUUCGGAGCAGACUAGCGACAUUUUAACUACGACUCAACCAGCCAUAGGUGAGUCUUCUGAUCCUAAGGUGCCUCAUUUGAAUGAUGAUAAUGUUUCAUCGCCACCAAGAGCUCACUCUUCGGAGCAGACUAGCGACAUUUUAACUACGACUCAACCAGCCAUAGGUGAGUCUUCUGAUCCUAAGGUGCCUCAUUUGAAUGAUGAUAAUGUCUCAUCGCCACCAAGAGCUCACUCUUCGAAGAAGAAUGAUGAUAAUGUCUCAUCGCCACCAAGAGCUCACUCUUCAAAGAAGAAGGGAUCUACUCAUAAGAAUGAUGAUAAUAUCUCAUCGCCACCAAGAACUCGCUCUUCGAAGAAGAAUGAAUCUACUCAAGUGAAUGAUGAAAAUGUCUCAUCGCCACCAAGAACUCGCUCUUCGAAGAAGAAUGAAUCUACUCAUGUGAAUGAAGAAAAUGUCUCAUCGCCACCAAGAACUCGCUCUUCGAAGAAGAAUGAAUCUCCUCAUGUGAAUGAUGAAAAUGUCACAUUGCCACCAAGAACUCGCUCUUCGAAGAAGACUAGCGACAUUUUAAUCAAGACUAAACCAGCAAUAGCUGAGUCUUCUGAACCUAAGGUUCCUCGUGUGAGUAGAAGAAAACAGUUAUAUGCAAAGCGGUACAAGGCUAGAGGGACUCAACCAGCAAUAGCUGAGUCUUCUGAACCAAAGGUGCCUCAUGUGAAUGAUGAUAAUAUCUCAUCGCCACCAAAAGCUCACUCUUCGGAGAAGGCUAGCGACGUUUUAACUACGACUCAACCAGCAAUAGCUGAGUCUUCUGAACCUCAGGUGCCUCAUGUGAAUGAUGAUAAUGUCUCGUCGACACCAAGAGCUCACUCUUCAAGGAAGAAUAAAUCUACUCGUAAGAAUGAUGAUAAAUAUGUCUCAUCGCCACCAAAAACUCGCUCUGCGAAGAAGACUAGCGACAUUAAAACUACGACUCAACCAGCAAAAGCUGAGCCUUCUGAACCUAAGGUGACUCGUGCUAGUAGAAGAAAAGAGUUAUAUGCAGAGCGGUGCGAGGCUAAAAGAUUGGAGUCUCUUAAGAGUCGGCAGUUCUAUCACUCCCAAACAAUGCAGCCAAUGACUAUUGAACAAGUAAUGUCUAACGAGGAUAGCGAGAAUGAAACUGAUGAUUAUGCUUUAGAUCUUAACGAACGCCUGAGACUUGAACGUCUUGUGGGUGUGAGCAAAGAGGAAAAGCGAUACAUGUAUCUUUGGAACAUAUUUGUAAGAAAGCAAAGGGUGAUCGCGGAUGGACAUGUUCCUUGGGCAUGUGAAGAGUUUGCAAAACUUCACAAGGAAGAGAUGAAGAAUUCUUCAUCUUUCGAUUGGUGGUGGAGAAUGUUUAGGAUUAAACUGUGGAACCAAGGUCUUAUCUGCGCCAACACCUUCCACAAAUGCACUACCAUCCUCCUCUGUAACUCAGAUGAAGCAGUACCAUCCACCCCUGGCAGUGCUGCUAAUGCCAACAAACAACAUUCUAUGGAAGUUGAUGAAUAAAAGUGGCCGUGUAGAUGUUGAGAUCUUUUUCUUGUAGUAGGGAUCAACAAGGCUGAGAUCGCUAUCUGGUUUAUUACAUUUCUAUCUAUUUACUGUGUCGUUACCUUUUAAUUUACCCUCUUACUAGUUUGGGAAUCUGUGACAUUCAGAUCAAUAAGAUUAAACUUGAAAUUUA